CUUACAGUCGCCAUGAUACAGCAGCGGAAACGGGCGAGAAGUAGCUAGAAAACAAAAGAGAACACGCAGUCGUCCUCGCUAUCUGGUAUGCUCUUGCAGUGUUAUAGGAAUGCCCAAGGAAAAAUAUGACCCGCCAGAUCCCAGGCGGAUGUACACAAUUAUGUCCAGCGAGGAGGCAGCCAACGGGAAGAAGUCAUACUGGGCUGAGCUGGAAAUCAGCGGCCGAGUAAGGAGUCUCAGCACAGCCCUGUGGUCUCUCACCCAUCUCACUGCCCUGCACCUCAGUGACAACUCUUUGUCACGUAUCCCGCCAGACAUUGCCAAACUACACAACCUGGUGUACCUGGAUCUCUCAUCCAAUAAGAUCAGGAGCCUGCCGGCAGAGCUCGGCAACAUGGUGUCUCUCAGGGAACUGCUUUUAAAUAACAACCAGUUGCGGGUUCUGCCAUUUGAAUUGGGGAAACUAUUUCAGUUACAAACACUGGGGUUAAAAGGAAACCCACUUGCACAAGAAAUCAUGAGCCUCUACCAAGAACCUGACGGCACGCGGAGACUGCUCAACUACUUGUUAGACAAUCUAGCAGGGGCGAUUAAACGCAUACCAACGGAGCAGCCCCCGGCUCGGUCAUGGAUCUCACUUCAGGAACCAGACCGAACGCGGCCCUCAGCACUGUUUUCUGUGAUGUGCUACAAUGUGCUGUGUGAUAAAUACGCCACACGACAGCUAUAUGGCUACUGCCCCUCCUGGGCUCUAAACUGGGAGUACAGGAAGAAAUCCAUCAUGCAGGAGAUCCUGGGCUGCAAUGCAGACAUCAUCAGUUUGCAGGAAGUUGAGACGGAACAGUACUACAGCUUCUUCCUACCUGAGCUGAAAGAGCAGGGAUACGACGGGUUUUUCAGUCCAAAGUCACGAGCCAGGACUAUGUCAGAGUCGGACCGUAAACACGUAGACGGUUGUGCAAUUUUCUACAAAACAGAAAAGUUCAGCGCAGUGCAGAAGCACACAGUGGAGUUCAACCAGCUGGCCAUGGCUAACUCCGAGGGCUCAGAGGCAAUGCUGAACAGGGUGAUGACCAAGGACAACAUUGGGGUAGCCGUUCUGCUUGAGGUUCGCAAAGAGAUGAUGGAGGUCUCCUCUGGAAAAUCUCUCCAUGGCAUGGAGAAGCAGCUGCUCCUGGUAGCCAAUGCCCACAUGCACUGGGACCCAGAGUACUCUGACGUCAAACUGGUGCAGACCAUGAUGUUCUUGUCGGAGGUGAAGAACAUUGUGGACAAGGCCACACGCAGCCUCAAGUUGUCCUCUGUCUCUGGUGAGACCAAUGCCAUUCCACUGGUGCUGUGCGCUGACCUCAACUCCUUGCCUGACUCUGGCGUCGUGGAGUACCUCAGUUCUGGUGGAGUGGACUGCACCCACAAGGACUUCAAGGAGCUCCGUUACAGUGACUGUCUGACCAAAUUCAACUGCAAUGGCAAGAACAGUACGUCCAAUGGCAGGAUCACCCACGGCUUCAAGCUGAAGAGCGCCUAUGAGAACGGCCUGAUGCCUUACACCAACUACACCUUUGACUUCAAGGGUGUCAUCGACUACAUUUUCUACUCCAAGCCUCACCUGAACGUGCUGGGUAUCUUGGGCCCCCUGGACCCCCACUGGCUUGUAGAGAACAAUGUCAGCGGCUGCCCACAUCCCCACAUCCCCUCCGACCACUUCUCCCUCUUCGCCCAGCUGGAGCUGCUCCUCCCCAACGUGCCCCCCCAGGUCAAUGGGCUCCAUCUGCCUGCACGCAGGUAGUGAGUCCCUGCCGCACCACCAGGGGAGCUGCCACCACAGCCUCUCCCUUUUUUUUCAGCCCUCCUCCUCCUCCCUCCCACUACCAGCUCUUCCCUCCACCUCACCGGAGGAGGAAGACAUAAAAAAAACACAACCUGUAAAAUAUUCGUACAGUGAGGUCUGGCCGACAGGGAUUUCGUAAAAUGUUAUAGAUAUUCUAUAUUUUUCUUUUUUCUUUCUCUGUUUAUUCUUUUUUGUUAUUUUUUUAACUGCUAAAUUCAGUCCCAUUUGUGUAUCAUAACUUGUGUUUUGGACUCCCUUUUUCCUCCUCAAAUCCACCCACCCACUUUGCUUCUGUCUUUCAAACUAGAGGGGAUGGUAGCUCAUUCAGAUUUGUCACACGGGGCACUGUUUGGUUUUUAAGAGCAACAGGAAACCUAAAAGUGGCUAAGGGGACGAUACUGAUCAGAAAAGCUGAUGGUCUGCCUGUCUGUCUGUCCUGUAUAAAUCUGAAACCAGCAAAGACAGCAGACUUGUCAGUCUCAGACCUCCAUCAUUGGCUUGUGCUUGUUUUACUCUCUGUCUCUCUAGGAGACUAACAUAUGUCGUCACUGGGUUAAAGCAGCUUUAGCUGGUAGUUAAACAUCCCUGGAGGUGGAUGUAGCGCAGCACGUACGAGGUGAAAUAUCCUGCUGUCAUUCUGUGGUGCUGAGGCCUUUUAUGUGGUCACGGCCUCCCCGUGGUGCUACAAGAUAGUGUUCACCUCCGACCCUGGCCCCUGCUGCAUCAGCUACCAAACCCACAGAUGCCUCAGAAACCAGACGUCCAAGAACUACGCCUGCCUCAUGUCACAUAGGCGGUGUUACGUGUAAAUUUGUGAAAUGUGAGAAACUGAGAGCAGCUACCAUCCUGUUUGCUGACUGUUUUCACCCCAGCUUGUAUAGUUGAUAGGCUAGUUGUGCUUAGGAGCUCACCGUUUUUUUGGUCGAGGGGCAGGGGAAUUUAGGCUGAUGGGCAAAGCGUCAAGGGGCUUUUACAAAAUCUUUUCUUUGUUUUUGAUUGCUUUUUAAGGCAGAGAGAGCGAGUAAUGGCUGAUACACAGGAGUAAAAACCAGCAUUCCUCUCACUGUCUGGAGUUGCCAUCGAACUCCACACAUGCAAGCUUACACACACACUUUUUACACACACAACACAGGUAAAUUGCAGGCAGAUCUGUAGCACUGUCUCAAAGGCCAGUAGUGACUUUCCCCAGCCAUAAAACCCGUACAUGAAAAGCAGUGGUUUUUCACAAGUGUUUGUACAGAAUAGAAAUCUAGACUCAGUCUUUACAUGAUUGUAUAUGAACCACAAAAGACCUGUUUUCUGGCGUUUUUUGUACUAAGAGUAAAUUAUGAUCAGAUUUGAGAAGAAAAGAUUGUAUUGUAAACUAUGGCUAAAUUUUUAUCCAGUUAAUGUUAAGAUGAAUUGAUAUAACCAGCUUGUACAAAAGACGUAAGAAGAGGUUGUUCAAGGCGUUCGCACUCACUACUUUGCACUCCCUAGAGGUUAACUGUAAUUAAUGUAUCAGUAUUGUUUUGUUCUCUUCUCCUCCUCCCUCUCUGCUCUUGGUUUUGAUUUGCUGGCACAUUGCUGCAAUUGUAAAUAGACACUUGAGUAAUCUUCUGCCUGUUGCUUCCCAUUAACAAAGCCAUUGAUCCACACUGCUGCCAUCAGUCCAGACAAAAUAGGACCCUCUAGUGACUCCACAUCUGUUCAUGUAUAGGUCUCACACUCACUUCCAUUCAGUGAUGUGUGACCAACACAAAAAUCCCACCUGUACAACAAAACAUUGUGCCUCACUGUAGCAGUUGUCGUCUUGCACUAUUUUACAUUUUGACGAACGCCUGAACAACCUUUUCUCCUUUUAUUUUUAAAUACUGUUGAGACAUUUGUGAAGAUUUUAUGUCCUUUUAUUGUUUUUUGUUAAUAUUAAUUUCCUUUUUUAUGAGCUGUGACAAUGUUAUGAUGUGUAUAUCCUUCCUAUUCAUCAAGCUCUCUAGUAAUCAGGUAUGCUUUCUCCACCCAUCCUCUCUUUUGUUUCCUCCCCUUAAACAACACGAGUAGGAUGUCUUGUCUGUAUCAAAUCCACUCUCCCUAAAUUGUUGUACUCCCUCUUUGUACCUUAGCACAGCUCCAUGCCCAGAUCCCUCAAAAUACACAGCCCAUAGCUCCUUCCCUGGCCAUGAAAUCUCCUUCAGCCUGUCCGUCACCCUCUACCCACCCAUCCUAUAUUAGUCCAGCUGUGUCCUCUUAACCUCUUUGUCUCAACCACUCUGUAUAGUUCUCUACCCCUUUAUCACUGCAGCUAUAGUGCCAUCUGUGGACCCCCUACCUCUUUAAGGAAAAAGGUGGUAGGCCCACUUAGCUCUGUUUAUGGAUGAAAGAGGGAGGAGGGGCAGUGAGCUCAAAGCCAGACAAACACUUCCCAAACAAGCGAAAUCUCACGGUGGUGAGAUGAUUAUUUCCACAGCCAUGCUUUUCCACACUUACAACGGAUGACGAGCACUUAGUAGAUUCAGACGCAGCCCCUCUUACUCCCUGUUCCAUCUUGUUAGCAAGUCAAGAUCUCACAUCUUUAUGUAUAUGUUAAAAAUGACAUUUUUAAAAGCAAGAGGGAAGCAAGUAAAUAGGAAGUGUAAGUUUAGAUCCCAGAUCAGCGUCUCUUGUCCCAUUUUUUCUCCCCCUCAUGUUUUUUAACCUUUUUUUCUUUGUUUUCCAAUGGAAACCAAUGUGUCCAGUUUGAUUUUUUCCUGAAUGGCAUUAGUAUUGUAGUAGAUAUAAAGGCUAGCUUUUUUGUAAAGUGUGAAUAAAAGAUGUAUCUCAUGUUUCCUUUCUAAAAAGAUAUUGAAUUGUGUUGUUGAUGUGUAAAUCAUGAAUUCUAUGACGGUG